GAUGAUGAUGAUGAUGAUGAUGAUGGUCCCUCCUCGGAGUGUCAGCCCGGAGCUGUGUGCAGAGCUCAGCCGGUGAUCGGGAGGAGUACAGCAUCCCCUCCCCCAGCCCGGGGCAACCGGGACUACAUCAUCCCUUCCCCCUCCACACCGGGACUACAGCACCCCUCCCCCGGGGCAAACAGGUUUUUUGAAAAAUGACGUCUGAGAUGCAAGAUGUUGGCGUCUGGGCGCAAACCAAAACCCUCCUCUACAAAAACUACCUGGUCAAGUGCCGUACGAAGAAGGACACAUUGCAGGAAAUCCUCUACCCGCUGAUCUGGUCGCAGAUAUGGCUGCUGUUGGUGCUGAUCAUGCCGAAUAAAUAUUACGAAGCCUCCCCCAAUGAUAUGCUCAGCGAUCUGGAGAUAAGUCCGCUUCCGACGAUCGGAUACACGCCGGUGACCAAUGCCACCGAGAACAUCAUGGCCGUGGCGUGGGCGCAGUGUCUCGGAUCAGAUGUGGACAUCGUGCCCUAUCACGACGAGGAGAGUUUGAAGGCCGCCAGCUCUUCCUUUCUGCACUUUGUUGGCGUCAAGUUUGAAGACCCCAUGUCCUACAAGCUCAUGUUCUUCCCCUUCUUCAUCCCAAAGUCAACUUUGUACAUACAAGAACAUUGCUUCUCCUCUCGGUGUGAUGCGGCUCAGUACCAUUAUUCUGGAUUCACACACCUGCAAUCCUGCAUUGAUUCCGCCAUAAUAAAGCUGAAGACCAAUCACUCGGCCUGGAGGGAGCUGACGAGGACAAAGGUCACGAUAAUGGAGAAGCUGCCGAUGAUUGAAGUGGACAGCUACUACCAUGCCCUCAUGUCCAUAUGCCUUGCCAUGGCCUUCUUGCCAUUUGGCUGCUCGCCGGCAGCUUAUAUCGUAGCCGAAAAAGAAAAAAAGCUCAAAGAGUUUAUGAAGAUCCUGGGGCUCCAUGACACAGCAUUCUGGCUGCCAUGGGUUCUGCUGUACAUCGUUUUCAUUCUGCUGGUCUCCAUACUGAUGGCCUGUAUCACCACCAGCCUGACUCCAUUUAGCCACAGCAGCUGGUUCUUGGUCUUCCUGCUCUAUGCCCUCUAUGGAAUAUCUCUGAUAAUGUUCGCAUUGAUGUUGACGCCACUUUUCAAAAAGGCCAAACAAGCCGGAGGCAUCGCGUUCCUGUCCACCCUCCUCCUCAGUGCUUUGGGUAUCUUCAUUGUGCUGAAAGAAGACUUUCCAAAGUCCUUUGUGUGGUUCCUCAGCCCGUUCUGCCAGUGUACCUUCAUGAUUGGCACCGCCCAGGUCAUGAUUCUCGAGCAGAAUGGAAAUGGAGCCCAGCUAUUCAAUCUGAAGGAUGGCCCCUACCCCCUCAUCAUCACCUAUAUUUUCCUGGUGGUGGACAGUGUCAUGUACCUGCUCCUGGCGUCAUACCUUGACCAGAUUCUCCCGGGAGAGUACGGUUUGCGACGGUCACCUCUCUUCUUUCUGAAGCCAUCUUACUGGUCGAAGAGGAGGAGAAAUUACGGGGUGCUCAGUGAGAGCUUCUUCAGCACCAACACCGAUCUGAGCGACGUGGUGGAGCCGGUACCGCUAGGCCUGCAUGGGAAAGAAGCCAUCAGAAUUAAAAAUAUCCAUAAGUCUUUCAAAAAGGAGAAUCAUCAGAUGGAGGCAUUACAAGGGCUCACCUUGGACAUCUAUGAAGGACAAAUAACAGCUUUGCUUGGGCACAGUGGCACCGGCAAAACAACACUGAUGAAUAUUUUAUGUGGUCUCUGCCCGCCAACUGAAGGGGUGGCCACUAUCUUUGGACACCGAGUGACCGACAUCGAUGAGAUUCUGGACAUCCGGAAGAUGAUUGGAGUCUGCCAACAAAGCGACAUUCACUUCGAGGACCUGACCGUAGAGGAGAACCUGUCAGUCUUCGCCUCACUGAAGGGGAUCAGCAAGACCUGCAAGGAGCUGGAGAUAAAUAGGAUCCUGCAUGAUCUGGAUAUGGAAGCCGUCAAGCACAACCAGGUGAAGCGUCUGAACGUGGGGCAGCAGAGGAAGCUCGCCGUGGCGAUCGCGGUUCUGGGAAAUCCCAAGGUGCUGCUUCUGGAUGAGCCCACGGCGGGUAUGGAUUCCUGCUCCCGCUACACCGUCUGGAAUGUGUUAAAGAAGAGGAAGGCGAACAGCGUCAUCGUGUUCAGCACACACUGCAUGGAGGAAGCCGACAUCCUGGCGGACAGAAAAGCCGUCCUCUCCCAGGGAAGCCUGAAAUGCGUUGGGUCCUCUCUGUUCCUCAAGAGCAAGUGGGGUGUCAGCUACCGCCUCAGCAUGGAUAUAAAAUCCUCGUGUAACAUGGCGUCUGUGUCUGCGCUCGUCUCGCAGCACAUUCCCGGGGCGAGUCUCAUGCUGGCCACCGAGAGCUCCCUCAUCUACGGCUUACCACUGAAGGACGUGGACAUCUUCCCAGGAUUGUUUUCAGCUUUGGACAAUGACUGCAGCCUGGGAAUCCUGACCUAUGGAGUGUCGGUCACCACCCUGGAGGACGUCUUCUUCAGACUAGAAGCAGAAUCUGAUGUGGACCAAACAGAUGGCAAUAUUUUCACUCAUCAGAGGAUAGACGAUGACAGGAAGUGGAAAUCCACCGAGGAUAUUGACCAGGGCUUACUGACCCUUCCAGAGUCGGAUCCUUGCACCGUGAGCGGCCGCGCUCUGUGGAAGCAGCAAGCCCGGACCAUAGCCAAGCUACAUUUCCGCAACUUGUACCGAGACCGGAAAUGUGUCCGAAACGUGUGUCUGUCUUUAUUACUUUUCCUGGCUGCCCAGGUCACAGUAAACAUCCUUCACUGGUACAACCACAAGCCUUCCGUCCCCAUCAAACUGUCUUCGGAUCUGUAUUUCCUGCGUCCAGGACAGAAGAGUCAGAAGGACCUCACCAGCCUUCUUCUCCAGAGCUCCACAGGUGCGAGUAUAGAUGAGAUAAUUGACUACCUGCACAGCCAAAGAAUAAAGGUGGAUCUGAUGAACGGGACCGACUAUAUGUCUGUCGCUCCUCACAGUGGCGCUUUGGAUAUCAUUAGUUCAGGAAAGUAUUUCAUCUAUGAAGUCGUAUUCAAUAGUACCAUGGUGCACUCCCUUCCGGUCCUCAUUAACACCAUCAGCAACACUCUGCUGAGACAGCUGAAUGUCAACGAGAGCAUCCAAGUGUGGAGCAGCCCUUUCCCCAAGGAAUACUUGGAUGUAUCCUACAAGAUCACUCUGUACUUCCUGGUCAUAUAUCUGGGAAUUUUAGGUGCUGGGAUGUUGCCUUAUUUUGCCAUGGAGAACAUCUACAACCAUAAGGUGAAGGCCUACACCCAGCUGAAGAUGUCGGGCCUCUACCAGUCUGCCUACUGGGUUGGACAAGCUUCGGUGGACAUGCUUUUUUUUCUGUUGAUCAUCUCCAUCAUGCUGGGAAUUAUGUUCAUCUGUAAUAAGGGAAUUUCACUUUAUGUGGGAACAUUCGUCACCUUGGUCUUCUGCAUAAUCGGCUAUGUUCCUGCGGCGGUGCUGCUAACCUACGUGGCUACCUUUAUGUACAAAUCCAUCAGUGACACCCGGCAGUGGUGGUCCAUUUUCUUUUCUAUGAUGUGUCUGAUCACCAUCACCACGGUCGAGCUCGCUUCUGUUAUCGGCAACGAUUUGAUAUUUACCCUCUGCCAUGACCUGUUCUCUUUAUUUAUCCCCAUCUACCCCCUGAUUGGAUGUUUGAUCUGCUUCCUAAAGAAAUCCUGGAAAGUUUCAGGGGAUGAAAACAGCUACACACAACUCGGCCGGGUGCUGGUGGCAGUUUUAGCGCCAUAUAUACAGUGCGUUAUCCUGCUGCUUCUUCUGCGCCACCUAGAGGUAAAGAAUGGAGGAAAAUCAAUUAGAAAGGAUCCCCUGUUCAGGACGAAAGACAAGAAAAGCAAAGCAUGGAAGUUCACCGAGGUCCCGGAGGAUGAAGACGAGGACGUCCGGAUAGAAAGAGCGCGGGUUGGCGAGUACAUGGCAUCCGACUCUUAUGAGAAACCGGCCAUCAUGGUGAGCGGAUUACACAAGGAGUACAAUGAGAAGGGGAAGACCAUCGUGGGGAAGACGAUGAGGAAGCUGGUGGUCAAUAACAUCUCCUUCUGUGUAAGGAAAGGGGAGAUUCUCGGGCUGGUGGGGCCCAAUGGAUGUGGGAAAAGUACGAUCCUGGACAUGAUGGUGGGACAGACGGAGCCGAAUGCCGGGAAGAUCUGGGUUGGAGAUCCGGGCCCCACAGAGACAGCCGGGGGCCCCAUACGGUACGUGGGGUAUGCACCUCAAUUAAGCCAUCUGUGGCCGGAGAUCAGAGUGCAGGAACACCUGGAGACCUACGGCUCCAUCAAAGGCAUGAGCCAGAGCAGCCUGAAAGAAGUCAUAGACAGAAUAGUAGAAGCUCUGGACAUGAGAGACGACAGGCAGAAACCUACCAAGAAGCUGUCAGCGGGAGCCCAGAGGAAGCUGUGUUUUGCCCUGAGCAUGCUGGGAAAUCCGGAUAUCGUACUCCUGGAUGAACCUUCCACAGGGAUGGACCCUAAAGCCAAACAACAAUUGUGGAAAGUCAUCAGAUCCGCGUUCAGAGGGAAGGAGCAGGCCGCUGUCCUCACCACUCAUAUCAUGGAGGAGGCCGAAGCCGUCUGUGACCGGGUGGCCGUCAUGGUUUCCGGACAGCUGAGAUAUAUCGGCUCAGUGCAGCAUCUGAAGAGUAAAUUUGGUCGGCACUACAGUCUGGAGCUGAAGCUGGAUGCAGACGCCGGGACCCAGCAAAUGGAGAUCCUACACCGGGAGAUUCUCAAACACUUCCCCAAUGCCUGCCGCCAGGAGAGCUUUGCUUCAUUGAUGUCCUACAAAGUUCCAAAGGAGGACGUCCAGUCCCUAUCACAGGCCUUCUUUAACCUGGGACAAGUGAAACGUACCUUCAAUGUAGAGGAGUACAGCUUCUCCCAGUCCACGCUGGAACAGGUGUUCAUUGAACUGGCUAAAGAGCAAGAAGAGGAGGACAAUUUUGCGACCAUGAACAGCACGCUCUGCUGGAACCGGAGACAGGAAGACUCGGUGGCCUUCUAAAUGCUGCACCCAGCCGUUGUACGCAGCUGGGACAUCCACCACUUACUCCACAUGAGAGGGGGCGUCACCACACUGCCCGCUAUAAGGCUGCAGACUGGUGGAGCAGCAAAGGAAUGAGGACUCCCAGGGCUUGCGCCACGUUUUGUGUUCUAGACUGCCGACUUUAUAGGCAGAGAUUACGGGAGCGCUGCAGGAGUUAGGUUCAUGUACAAAGUCCUGAAAUUCAGGUUUUUAGGGUUUAUAAAGCACCUCAUAAUUUUUUUAGCGCUUUAACGUGUUACAGUCACCCAUUAUCAUGAGCAUACUCUAACAGAAAUGCAUUGAAGAAUCGUCAGUCCUUGUUAUCUGUUCAGGGAGGUGUCCCACAAAUAGAUAUUUUAUAGGACUGACCGUAUAAGAGCCGGAGCGUGCUCUGGGAUGACAUUCCGGAUAUCUUCUCAUUGCUAGAAGGCCUGUUCUUGGGUGGACGCUCGUCAUUGUAUUGACUUAAAGGGGAUGUCCAGUUCUGGAAGAAAGCUGUCCUUGCUUGCCCCCCCCCACCCCACCCCACCCAGAGACAAAAACCAGUUGAGAGAACCUCAAUGACUUCCCUAGGUCAGUCCAAGACGUUCACUGGCUUCCGUAGGUCAGACCAAGAAGAUCCAGUGACUUUCGUAGGUCAGGCCGAGAAAUUCAGUGGCUUCUUGUAGGUCAAACUGAGAAGUUCGGUGGCUUCCGUAGGUCAGACUGAGAAGUUCAAUUGCUUCUGUAGGUCAGACCGAGAAGUUCAAUGGUUUCUGUAGGUCAGACCAAGAAGAUCCAGUGACUUUCGUAGGUCAGGCCAAGAAGUUCAGUGGCUUCUGUAGGUCAAGCUGAGAAGUUCUGUGGCUCCCGUUAGUUAGACCGAGAAGUUCAGUGGCUUCCGUAGGUCAGGCCGAGAAGUUCAGUGGCUUCUGUAGUUCAGACCGAGAAGAUCAGUGGCUUCUGUAGGUCAGACCAAGAAGAUCAAUGACUUUCGUUGGUCAGGCCAAGAAGUUCAGUGGCUUCUGUAGGUCAAGCUAAGUUCGGUGGCUCCCGUUAGUUAGACCGAGAAGUUCAGUGGCUUCCGUAGGUCAGGUCGAGAAGUUCAGUGGCUUCUGUAGGUCAGGUCGAGAAGUUCAAUGGCUUCUGUAGGUCAGGCCGAGAAGAUCAGUGGCUUCUGUAGGUCAAACUGAGAAGUUUGGUGGCUCCCGUUAGUCAGACCAAAACGUUCACUAGCUUUGUAGGUCAGGCCGAGAAGCUCAAUGGCUUCCUUAGGUCAAACCGAGAAGUUCUGUGGCUUCCUUAGGUCAGACCGAGAAGUUCUGUGGCUUCCUUAGGUCAGACCGAGAAGUUCUGUGGCUUCCUUAGGUCAGACCGAGAAGUUCUGUGGCUUCCUUAGGUCAGACCGAGAAGUUCUGUGGCUUCUGUAGGUUAGGCCAAUAAAUUCAGUGGCUUCCGUAGAUCAGACCUAAUUCAGAAAUGGGAUCCUCAGCCUGGAGGAGGAUGGAGAUCGGGGAUGUUGGAAAACAAAAAUCUCCUACAUGUUCCUGCUCCAGAGAUUAAAGCAGCAUUUAACCCAAAAAUGUAAUAUAUUGCAGCUUACCUGUCCCUAGUUAGUUUUUUGGGGAUUUUUUUUUUUUACCUGGUGAUCCUGUUAGUUUGGUUUUUCCAUUGUGAUGUCACUCUAGGACAGGAAGUGCACUACUGGCAGGAUCACCGGGUAAAAAUAAAUAAAGUAAAGCCAAAAAUGAAUGUAGCCAUCAACAUGGACCCUUCAUGUAAACUGGACACCCCCUUUGAACCAUUGUUUUGUAUUACCUCAAGUCUUCCGUAUCUGUACGUCUGCCAUUGCAUAUACAGCGGGGGAGGGGCACUCGUCUUACCCCCUCCCUCCCACAGUUCUUGAAUGUUUUCAUGUGUUUCCAGGUAGAAACACAAAUCUCUGCACUGAAAUCUUCGCUUUUGGGAUUUUAUAAAUCGCAUAUCAUGUGACCACAGCGAGGGGGGGAAAUCGAUAAACCUGUACGCUCAUUUUUUUGUCCCGACAAUAAAGGAGGACUCCACCAAAAAACAGGAAUCCCCAAAGCGGAGCAUAGCUGGUCAUGGCGGGUCAGGCUAUGCUUGAAGGACACUCAGACUUGAUCUAUCUGUGCCUGCAAGGCUCCACUAUGGUGCAGAUUGAGUCCCUUUAUGAGCACAAUGAAUGUAUACUAGAGUGCCCCCUACUGACCAAUGAAAGACACUGUAGGCACCGUUGACAAAAGUGGCACUCCUGCCUGCAAACAAGUUGCAAAAAUGUUCUUCUAAAGGCCUGCCUGUCAUAAAAAAAAUGAUUUUUAUCACCAAUACGUUUCUCGAAGUGCCUGCAUGAAUGUAUAAAUGUGUCCCCGAGUCCCGGGUGGAGCCUGGCCGCGGUCCAGACUAGGACAUCGCCCUCAGUGCGCACUUCAUGUAUAGACGCCGCUUCAUUGUGAACAGCAAACCAACAACACAACGCGCCUCAGCGCCCAAUGUGCAAAUCUACAUGUAUGUUGUCAUGUCUCAGGGGUCCAUUCAUAAAAUAUUUGUUGGAUGAA